AUGGCUUCCAAAAGAGAUCACACAUCCGUCUCAUCGGUUCAGGAAGCUGAUGAAGUACGUGAGAGGAAGAUUGAUGAUAUCGCGCAAAAACUUGAAGAGUUUGGAAAUGUCUUGGGAGCUAUUCAAAAUUCUACUCGGAUUACUAUACCAGCUACUACUGCAACAACCGGUCCAUCACACUCAGCAUCGGAUAUAUCCGCUACACCGAAAGGUAAAACGACAUCUAUAACCUUACCCGAGAGCCUGGGUAGCGAGCUCCUUACUCCAAGGUUGGAACAUCAGGGAGAGUCUUCCAUAGCAGCCCAAGCCACCUUUGCAAAUAAAUUUCUGGAGGAUGCCAUUAUCAACAAACCGAAUGGAAUCGACAUCGCUGCUGAGAUGUCUUCUGUAUUGGAGUCUCUGAGAAAGGCUUUGGGACGGGGCUCAAACCACCAGGAACGUGACUACCUGUACCCUCACGCUAGGGACCUUGGAUCAGGGCUUCAUCUGCGCAAUCUUCCUAUGCCACCUAUCGAAAAAGUAUUUAUCUGCCUUAGAAUGGCCAAAGAAAACGCUCGAGUUCGGUUCUUUUGGAACAAUGAAGCAACAUUUUUCAGCGACUAUUGCGUCAAGGUCUAUUCGCCAGGCGAAGCAACUCAUGCUGACCUUAUCAUCGUGAAUGGGGGGCUCUAUUGGAUGUUCCAACUGUGCAAACACGCUACGGCUGACUCCAGUCAAAAGGCCGACUUCGAGACGCAAGCUGUUAUCUGCCGGGACAACCUUGAGACCAUUCUCGCCAAUCUGCCAUUUCAUCAACCUUCCAAACUUGAGACAGUCGGUUCCAUGGUAAUAGCUAGUAUCUACUGCCUCGAAACAUGCAAGCCAUCAGCGGCCUGGGAUUUUGUCGCAACUGCGUCACAUAUGAGCCAGACAUUAGGCAUGCAUAGCAAGGUGGCAAUGAUUCAAGAUUCCCCAGAAACCAAGGCGACCAAGAUCAAGAUUUUCUGGCAGGUCUAUGUGUAUGAAAAAGGUCUUUCUCUGCGACUUGGUCGAUCAUCAACCAUUCGCGACAGCGAUAUCACAAUUCCGGUCCCGUGUAUCGACUCACGAUCAGAGAUAAGCUACUUUUCUCAUCUUGAAAAGAUGAAAGACCUGGCACAUUUACAAGGCAAAAUUUACGAUCAACUCUAUAGCUCUGGCGCCUUGGCGCAACCACAGCACAUCAGAACAACCAGGGCGAGAUGUCUUGCGGCAGAGCUUGAAGCGCAUUCCAAUAGAAAGGGAAGGACUGAGACGCUCUACGCAGAAGCUCUACGCCAGGCCACCAGCAACGAGUUCUUAGAGGUUUUCACAUGCACCGAAAAGGUGAUUCAUUUGUCACUGAUUUGUUUAGUUUAUCGAGCCAUACCACCCGAGGCAAAUCAGGGCACCAUUUUUGGAAGGGAGUGCAUCAGCAGUGCUCACAAAGCUCUAGAGGCACACAGGCGAUGUAUGUCUCUUGUCGCUGAACUUGACAAUGACUUUCUUGAAAGCUAUGUAAACAUGGCCAUAUUACAUUCUCCGUUUGUUCCUUUCACUGUUAUAUUCUGCCAUAUUAUCGAGACAUGCGAUAAACACGACAUUGAUCUUCUCGAAAGCGUCAUCGAGGCUCUGAAGUCUGCUACGGAUAGCGUUCCUUCUUCUGGAGUAAGGAAAGAGUAUCACCUGUUCAAAGCUCUUUACGAUGCCGCCUGUAGUUACAUUGAAGCUAGAUUAAGCAAGGCCCAUCUAGGAUUUCGCACUUGGGAAGACGCGUCUUUACCCGCAACCGUGCUGUCGCCAGCUCACCAACAGCCUGUUAUCAUGACGCCAGUCUCUAACUUGGAAGGUUCAGAGGCGACCGUUGGACUGUCGAUAGAUGGGACUGCUGAAUGGAUGUCUCAGUCUUUUGAGAUGCCCAGUGGGGCAGACGUUGAUCAAUAUGGCGCACAGCUUGGAAAUUGGUUGCAUAUGAAUAGCCAGAUGAUAAGAGCAUUAGAGGAUAGCUACUUCUAG